UUCGCGUUGCUCGUUGAUCAAAGGUGGCUUGAGGUGUGCCUGGGAAGGGGAGCGUUUUUCAGCAUAAUGCUGGGUGGGCUGUCAUUUCAGGCGUAGCGUUGUGUCAUAGAAAGCAGCACAAGCUUGGGAUUCGCGCUCACGGUUGCUCGGCAGUGGAUUUCCGUAUAUCGUUUUGUUCAGUUGCGACGCCAUCGCUAGGGCGACACCAUUUUCAUCGCCUUUUCACCUCCCCCCCCAAAAAUCGGUACCGUGUUUUGUGCAGUUUGCGGAAGCGAAAACGGACACCCGGUACCGUAGCGUGUCUUUAUGCACACCGCAACGAGAACACUCAUGUGGUAUCAUCCGCCGGCGUCGCUUGCGUUGCCGUGCAUUAGUGUGGUAGCAGGAAGUCAGCCUCCAACAGUGAGACAGUGAAAACGGUGCGGUGCUUGCACGGAGGACGAAGUUGGCACAGACCGUCGCGUCCUCCGGCACGGACGUACACCGGAAGCGAAUAGCCAACAGCCCACCAAUCAAACAGCCACCGACUCAACGAUGCCGCUGCUCAGGCGGCAGGUGCUGCAGAAGACGUCCACGGGCGAGCGGCUUCGCGAUAGCGAGGAGGUGCUGUUCUGCCAACCGACCGGAGAAAUAUUCAGCAAUUAUGAGGACUACUUUCAUCGCGUCAUGCUCAUAUCGUCGAUGGUGUGGAGCUGUGCGAUGACCGGGCGGCCGAACCUAACCUACUCCGAGGCGCUCGAAUCGGAAAAGGCCGCCCGGAAGCUGCUGAAAACGUUUCCCGCCGCGGUGAAGGGACCGUUCCUGCUGGUGGCAUCGCACACCCAGCGCACGUCCAUCAAUGAGAUGCACGAGGACGUGUACGGGUUCGUGAAGGAUCGUCUGUUCCAGGGCGAAACGGUCGAUGCGAUGGAUUUGACGCGCAAAACAUUUCGCCGUGCGGUCAUCUCGCACGUGGUGGUCGACAACUCUCCUGGUGCCAGCGCUACGAUCAUGUACCGGGUGGUAGCCGACGACAAUAUGCUUCCGAAAGUGUGGAAUGUAACGGGCGGCCAUGCGAAGCGUGACCGCAGCUCGCUAACGCGCGAUAAGUGCAAACUCUUUCUGAAGCAGCACGUCGAGGCAGGGCCCGGUGGCCAGCUACGCAUCAAGGCGGACUCGCUGGCCAAGUACGUAACAGGCGAGGGUUGGACCGCCGAGCAGGUAUUUAUGGGCCAGGCACCGAACUUCGAACAAUCGAAGCGCCUAAAGCAGGUUGCCGAGCGCAGUGAGGUUGGCGGGGCAAGCAAACCGGCCAAGAAGAAGGCCGACAAAACGGCACCGGUAGACGGCGAGAAGCAGCAUCAUCAGCCGGAGGGCGAUGAAAAAUCGAAAAAGUCUAAAAAGCAGCAAUCCACAAAAAGUGGGGAUAAGGCGGCCGGUCCGGGCGGUAAGACGGUGAAGCAAAAGUCCAGCACGGGCGGCACGGGCAAACAGCAAAGCAUUGAUAAGUUCGUGGAAAAAACGUCCAAACCGUCGACGGUGGAUAUGAAAAAGCUCACGGAAGAAAUGGCACUGCAGAAGCUAAGGCAGGAGCGGGAAGCGUUGGUCAAGAAGCGGCUCGAGGAGGAGAAAGCUCUGCUGCUGCAGCAGGUAACGCUUGCGGUGAAGAAGUAUAAUUCCGUGCUGGAAGACCAGGAGCUGAUCGAUCAGCGUCCGAUGCCACCGGUGCGUGCGGUGCGCCCACUGAUCACGCCGAAACACUUUGGCAACUUUGUGUUCAUCCUGGAGUUUCUCAACUCGUUCUCGGACCUGCUCGCCAUACGGAGCAAAUUUUCCGGCGGGCUGACGAUGCAUCUGCUCGAGCGUGCGCUCAUUUUGCGCGAGGUGAAUGGACCGCUGAGCGACAUCUUUCAGGUGCUGCUGAGCGCGAUCUUUACCCAGCAGCUGGAGGAGGAGAACGAGGUGGACGUCGGGUAUGACCGGAUCGAGAAUCUCGCCCUCAAGCGGCAAACGGUGCCGGACCAGGUGCGGGCCCGCGAUACGAUGCUCUGGUGCGAGACGCACUACAGCACCAAGCUGAGCGAAAUGCCGAUCGAUUCGAUGACGGUGUCCGAGCUGCUGCGGCUGCAUUUCCUUGCGUCCGGUGCGGUCGUGGAGGAAAAGGCGGCCAAACAUCGGUACUACAAUCGGGGCGGCUACAGCAGCGCGGACGAUCCGGGCUUACGGUUGGUGCGGGACUUUCCGCACAUACUGCGGGCGCUCAAUUCACACUCCGUCUAUCAGCUGCCGCUCGCCGACAUCAUACAGAUCCUGUGCUGUCUCAUACACCAGCUGCUCACGUACAGUGGGGUGCGGGAGUUGGUCGAGGAACGUGUCGAACGGGCCCGCACGGCACGGUACAGCUACCAAACGAACCGGUACGCGCAGCGCCGGCUGAUCACCAAGACGGGCACGCAGAAAAAUCAGGCCCGCGAAGACAUGAAGCGCGAGCUGGCCGCAUUCGAGGGUGGUGAUGCGGCGACUCGCGAAGAGCAUCGCAGGAAGCUGCAGGAGCGGCUCGACGAGCAGUGUAACCGGUUCGAGGUGGAGGCACAGCGCCAGCUGAAGGUGCUGCAGGCGGAAUCGGAACGACUGAAGGAAGAUUUCUUCGACUACCAGAUCUAUCUCGGGUCGGAUCGAUGCUUCCGCAACUAUUGGCUGUUCGAGUCGCUGCCCGGGCUGUUCGUGGAGCACGAUCGGACGUACGCGGGCAGCUGCCUGGACCAUCCCACACCGAACAUUCCCGGGCUGGCGCAGUGUGCGGCCGAGCAGCGCAAGAAGUACAUCACCAAAGCCAUCAUGCGGUGUGCCGGUUCGGAUGGGGUCGCUGGUCUGCUCGAUGUGAAAGCGAUCGAGCAGGCGGAUGCGCACGGUGGGGAAGAAACGGGCGCACGGGUGGAGGAGGUGUACGAGCAGCUACUUACACUGGGCAGUGCCGAGCUGGACCGCAUCGAACGGCUGGAACAGGCGGCCAAAAAUGCGAACCCGUCCACUACGCCCUCGCGGCCAAACUCCGAGGAACGGCGAACGACACCACCGUGGCAGUCCAAUCCGGAUCAGCUUUACAUGUGCACUGCCCAGCCGGACGAUUGUCUGGUACACACGGAAAAACACCCGCAAACCGUCUGCUGGGGCUAUUACGCGUCCGCCGAAGAGCUGGACGCGCUGAUCCGCAGCCUAAACGUACGUGGCGCCCGGGAAAAACAGCUCCGGGAAACGCUCGAGUGCGAGCGCGAUCUGAUACUGACGCACAUCGAAAAGUGUCCCACCGACAAGCUGUCGGUCGAGGCGUGCGAUCGGGCGGCCGUGUUGGCCGACAUCGUUAGCCGCAACCAGAAGCGGUACGAUGCGCCCAACUUUAGCUGCGAACCGGGUACGGAUCCGAACGAAAUACUCGAAGCGGUGUUUGUGGAGAAUCUGCUCGAGCUGGAGGCGAAGAUUACGGUCGGGUAUUUGGGCGUGAUGCGGGUGCGGGAUCGGGACGCGUGGCGUAACGCGCUGGAGGCACGCACGUUCGACCCCCAGACGGAUAAGCCACUGCAGUGGGGCCCGAAGCGGCUUGCCAAGCAGCAGGAGGAAAAGCAGGACCAGGACGGAACCAAACCCGAGUGCAAGCCGAGCGAGGAGGACGAGCAGGAUGAGCGGGAAAAUGCGAACGACAACGAUUCGGGCCACGGUGACACGCCGCCGCAGUCGGUGUUAGAUACGUCGCAUCCGGGUCACUGCCUACCGGACACCACCGUCUCGCUGCUGGACGAAACGCUCGACACCGAGGAGAUGGCUUUCCCGCUGCACGAAUCGGACACGUUGCGGCAGCGGAUACAUGCGUUCGCACGCGCCCUGCUGCAGGUGGCUCAGUGCAUCGAUCAGAAGUUUCUGCGCCAUCCGUUCGGGCCGAAGAAGGAGCACAAGGACCGGACGGUCACGCUGGCCAAGCAGUACCAGGGGCUGAAGAAUCUGGUCCAGUGGGAGGUGUCGCUGAUGCAGUCGACCAGCUUCGCCCAGCUGUUCCUCCACUACAACGUGCUGUACGAUGCGAUCCAUUGGUCACGGUCGGCGGAACGGAUCUGCUGCAUGAUUUGCCGGCGGAAGGGCGAUCCCGGGCUCACGUUGCUGUGCGACGAGUGUAACCGGGCCUGCCACACGUACUGCAUGAAGCCGAAGCUGAAGGAGGUGCCGGCCGGCGACUGGUACUGUAUGCGGUGCCGGCCGGAAAAUUUCAAAGUCAAGCGAGCGGCCACCAAGAAGAAAAUAUUCAAAUGGGACGAAGAGGAAGAGGAGGAGGAUGACGAGGUGAAGCAGGAGGAGGUGGAAGAGGAGGAGGAGGAGCAGGAGGAGGAGGAGGAGGUGGUGGAGGUGGAGGAAGUGCAGGAACAGGACGAGGAGGAGGAUGAAGAGAUGGAGCGGGAAGGGGAUGAGGUGGAAGACAAGCGGCGGGACGGUUCGCUUUCGCGCGCACCCGGAAGUGGGGAGGAAGACGAGGAGGAGGAAGAGGACGAGGACGACGAGGAGGAUGAGGAAGAGGAGGAAGACGACGAGGAGGAGGAUGAGGGUAGCGGUGAGGAGUAUGGCACGCGAAAACGGAAGCCACAAUCAUCGGCCGCUAAGUCGAAAUCCAAAUCCCAAACCAAAGCCCCGGGCUUUGUAGUGGUGAAGGCCGGUCGGAGCAGCCGCAGUGCGGCGGCAGUAGCCACGAACGGUGCCACCCUCCGGUACGACGAUGAGGAUGAGCCCGAAGACGAUGAGGAAGCAACGGGUGACAGCGGUGAGGCGUACGGUGAGCGCAGAAAGCGACGCGGCCUCAUCUUUGCCAACGGAGCGUCACAUAAGCGUGCGGCGAGCGGCAAACAGCAGCGCACCAACACAACAGCGACCACGAACAAGCGCAAGCGGACACACACCACCACCGCCCAAGAACCGGCGGCCACCAGCGCCAGCAAACGGCCACGCCGGACCGGUCUCACGAAUGGUGGGGGGACGGUGAAGGGAAAGGGAAGCGUAUCGCCGGCAGCAGCAGCGGCCGGGAGUGAUGAAGAGCCGGCGUCCAGGAAGCCACGCAUCAGUGCCCGCACGACCAAGGGCCAACGGCGGCACUCGCUGUACGAGGAUGAGGGCGACGAGGAGGACGAGGAGGAGCUGUCGGUGGGGUCGUCGCGCUUCCGGAAGCAGGGUGCGGCCGCUGCUGCCCGGCGUUCGCGCCGCACCGGGGACGAUCUGCCGCUCAACUCGGUCGCACUCUACACGCUGAUCGAUGACAUCCUGAAGCACCCGAACUCGUGGCCAUUCAAUCGGCCCGUGUCGGCGAAGGAGGUGCCGGACUAUUACGCGGUGAUCAAACACCCGAUGGACUUUGCCCGAAUCAAGUCCAAGCUAAACAUGGGCGACUACAAGAUUAACGAGCAGAUGCUGGCCGACGUGCAGCUGGUGUUCCGGAACUGUGAUCUCUACAACACGGACGAGACGGACGUUUAUCGAAUUGGCCGCGACCUGGAACAGUAUGUGGUGCGACGGUGCAAAGAGUUGACACUGCCGUUCCAGCCCAGUGAUAUGCAGCGAUCCUCCGGCACACCCCCAAACGCCGGCAAUCCGCCAUCCAAACCCGUCAACGGCGUUGGUAGUGGUGGGCACGGCAAAUAGCAAACACGAGCAGUGGUGCACGAGUUUCCACUGGGGUGAGAGUGUAAUUUUAGAAACGAUAAGGCUUUCUCCCUCUGUCACGCAACAUAGCAAAAACAAAAGAGAGCCGAUGUGUGCGUGGCCUGUUCCUGGCACAGGGUGAAUCAACUCAAUCAUACAACACAGAGGAAGCAUCUUCUUCUCGGCUGGCUGGCUCCUACUACACAGGAGCAAGUUUGAAAACCGCGCGUUAGUCCUUAAUGAAAUCUUAAUUUUGUUUUUAACUCAUCGAUACGAUAAGCGUUUUACUUUUUAAAUGCUACAACAUUGAAACAACAGGCACACCCACACACACAGUUAAACUCCCUCCAAAUUUUAGCAUGGCUUGGUCCUGUCGGUCGGGACGCGCCCGAUUAUUGAGAAUCUUUUACUUUACUGCCUCAUUUUAAUUCAGAAGAAACACACACACACACACGACGACCUUGAAUUAGUUUAUGUAUUAAGACACACACACACACAUAAUGCUGUAAUAGGGCAACUCAUUCCUCCCCGAAACGGCAUCAUCAAGGGCACGAACAGCGAACGCUGCCCAAAACAAAUCAAUUGUACAGAAAGGAUUUGCUUUUAAGAGGAUCCAUGAUGUGUGUGUGUGUGUGUACGCCGGGUUCUGUGUGUUGUUCGUUUGUAGUGUGUGGGUGUAAAGAAACUCUUUAAAAGGAUACGUAUUUUUUUGUGCUUGUAGAAAUGUACGUCUAGGUUUUAAAAGAAAUAAAAUGAGAAAACAGUAUGAAACUCAAACGGCGAUAUAGUA